GCUGAGUUCUUCCAGGCCCAUGGUGGCGUGAUUGACGGCCUGCCUUUGCGGCGAAAGAGCGUGAUUGCUUUUCAUCCCCAGAUGCUCUUUGAGGAAGGCGAAGAGUUGGACCACAGCCCAGGUUGGGAACGUUUGGAGGACUCGGUGAACGUCUUCCGUGGUGUCGCCCUGGAGCUGGAGUGUGAGCAUCGUUUGGGAAUCUGGCUCUUUGCGGGAAAGUACUGGGCCAGGAUCAUCAGUGGUAGCUCUUUGGUGGUCGAGGCGAGGCCAAAGAACUUUGAGGCUUUGGCUGGGGAGGUUCGGCAGCCUGGCCAGUUGAUGCGGGCAGGACCCAACGCUGACCUUUUCUUCGAUCACACGACCGCCAACGCUGAGCUCAAGGAUGGGAUCUUUCAGCAGACCUUGCCGAGCGGCGAGAUCGAACGAUGGAAGGUGCAUGUGAUGACCUUCAACCCCUUUGUGCGUGUCGAGCCGGUGAAAGUUGAGGCGCCUGGACCGGCGGGACCGUCGACGGGAGCGUCGACGUCCGCGGUGAAGACGUCGACGCCCUUUGUGGAGGGCACUGCAGUGAAGUACUGGAGCGUCACAGUGCAACGGUGGGUGCCAGCGACCAUCGUGAAACAGAACGAGGAUGGUACCUACAGAUUGGACCUCAAGAAGCGUGCUAACCCGCAGCAUCUCAUCUUGCCCGAGGAAGAUGCACCGCCGCUCAGAGCUACAGGAGCGCGGCGCACCACGCGCGCGCCCGCGCGUGUGGCGACGACGGAGUCGUCGACCGACGACUCCGACUCCUCGUCCGAAGAG